AUGAAUACCGCUUUCUUCAGAACGAGGUUUCAACAGCUUAACCGACCCCUGGCUCGCUGUGUGACGCCGCGUAUUCAGUCCGCUCUUGGAUCGCGCCAGUUCUCGGCCUCAAUACCAGUGCUUGAACGCACGCCGCCACGAGGAUGGACACCAACGCCAUUUGUGACGGAGACAGUGGGAGGGGGCUGGCACACUUAUGAUAUAUUCUCUCGUCUCCUCAAGGAGCGCAUCAUCUGUCUCAACGGCGAAGUCGACGAAACAAUGUCCGCCUCAAUCGUCGCGCAACUCCUCUUCCUCGAAGCCGAUAACCCUCAGAAGCCAAUCCACCUUUAUAUCAACUCACCUGGAGGUUCGGUAACAGCAGGUCUCGCAAUCUACGACACAAUGACAUACAUUGCUUCCCCGGUGAGCACAAUCUGUGUCGGACAAGCCGCUUCAAUGGGUUCUCUUCUCCUCUGCGGUGGUGAGGCUGGAAAGCGAUACUGUCUCCCGCACAGCUCAAUCAUGAUCCAUCAGCCCUCCGGAGGAUACUUUGGUCAAGCGACCGAUAUCGCCAUCCAUGCCAAGGAGAUUCUGCGCGUGAGAGAGCAACUCAAUAAGAUCUACCAGCGACACUUGACCGGCAAGAAGCAACUGUCGUUGGAUGAGAUUGAGAAAUUGAUGGAGCGGGACUACUUCAUGGGGGCGCAGGAGGCGUUGGACUUGGGCAUCGUGGAUGAGAUUCUGGAUCGAAGGGUCCAGAGCUCGAACAAGGGAGGGGAUGGGGAUGAAAAGCCACCGGCGGUCUAA